GUGCUCGUGCAUCAUUCGGUAUCAGACUGUCACGGGGAAAUGUCAAAAAUUCUGUGACUGGUGCGGUGUGCGAAAAGAUUCUUUAGCAUUUUACACAGAUACACCGCGAUGUGAAAUGGUGAAAAGUGAUAGGAAAACCGAGUGAUGGUGUUCAAUGUGCCAAUUGUACGGUUGAAAUGAUAAAUCUCCCGGCGAUUGUCGCAAAAAUGUGACUUUUUUCACGCACUGACAGCUGCUUCGGUGUAUGUUUAUCAGUGGAAUAAAAUCAAAGUGAACUCGAUACAAAUUUUUGCUGUUUUUCAGUGAAUAACAAAAAAACAUUCCGCGAAAAAUGAACUUUUUCCCGAGAAAAGUGUUGUGCUCAAUGGGUUGAUAAGAAAGCAAUCGAUAUAGUGUGGUGUUGAUGCCUAAGAAGAAGGCAGAAGUGUGUUCCGGUGUUGCUGGAAAUUUUCCAUAGAUACAGGACAGGGGGCUUCCUUUGUGUGUGCCUCCGGAAAGAAGAUCUUCAGGCCAAGGCCAAUCUCUUUUCCUUGUCCCGCCAAAUCCCGGUGGUGUGGGUGCAACAAGGACAGCCGAAGGGGUUCGUGGAAGGCAGAGAAGUACACAGCAACAGAAAAAGCAGAUAGAGUGAAUGAAAAUGAGAUUCAGGUGAAGUGCUUUGGAGGAGGACGUCAUAUAGGUGGCAAGAGGCUACACUUAUCCUCUAGAAAGAUUAUGAUAGAAGUUGCAAUGCAAAAUGUGGACACUGUGUGUCUCAUGUCGUGAAUGUUUUGAAAUAUGGAAACAUAGUAAAUGGCGAAGGAAAAAUCAAUGCCAAUGUGGGAUUUUUUGCAAAGAAGACUAAAGUGUGAAGUGUAUACCGUGAAAGAUGGAUCAGGAAGAAUGGACGGAAAAUUAGUGGUGAGAAAUUGUAAUUUACAGUGAAAAGAGUUGAAUGAGGGGGAAGAUUGAAAGAGAGAAGGGUGAGAAAAAAAAUUGAACUCAAUUGUGCCAUUGGAACCUAUAUUAUAUAUAUAUUGAUUAUUUGAAUCGAUAAAUUGUGGCAUUUCUAUCCGGUUGAGGUUGGAAAAUGAGAAAAUUCACUAUAUACUGGAUUGAUAUUCCAUGUCAUCCCCUGAAUAACAACGGAUGCAUCAUUUUUCCCGUAUUGUUGUUGGGGUGAUUAAAACCGGGCACCUUUUCAUUCUCGUUUUUUUUUUGUUGCUGAUCACAAUUGAAAAUUUUACACAUGCAAGCUUAAAAUGUGUAGAUAAAUUUUAACACUAUUUAUGGUAAUAAAAAAAGCCAAUGGACAUAUUUUGGGGCGUAGUAACAAAAAUUAACACAUAAUUCCAGUGAAAUAUUAAAUAGUGUUGAAAGUAGUUAAAUUUCAAGUUUAUAUUUCGCGUGAGCCACAUGGGAAUAAUAGCACAAUGAGAAGAAAUUAAAGUGGCAUAAUUACCCGUUAAAAAGCAAAAAUCAACAAAAAAAAAACACAAGUAAUUAAAAUUUUAAGUGAAAAAUACAAGUGAGAAAUGGACUUAUGGACAUUGAAAAAUAUUCGUAAAAAUUCAAUUAAUGUUGAUGGAGAGUAUCACGAAAAAUAAUCAAGUUAAAAUCUAACUGUCUGUGAAUCACGUAAUAUUGAAAUUGUUAUCACACUAACACUGGACAUUUAGAGUGUGCAUUAAAGUGAAAAUUACAAAGAGAAGUGUGAGGUUGUGUAAGAAAAUUUCUGAAGGAAGAUGACUGGUUUGGAGACUACACCGCUAUGGAAGCCAUCUGGUUCACCACAAUCGGAGAAUUGCAUUGAAAAUGGUCAUGUGAUCCGAAGUCCGAUACAAUCAUCAAAUGGUGGCUUUAUCACUAGUAACAAUGGAGGAGGUGGAGGUGGAAAUGUGGUCAUGAAGUGCACAUUGUACCUGUUGAAGAGCGUCAAUUUUCGAAGAUGUGUCGCCGCUCUUGUUCUAGUCACCGUCUUACUAAUCUGCUAUUACACAAGUGUUGUCAAUUCACCAUUUCCAAAUUUCAUUCAUCGUGACACCAGGCCAUCUCCGUUAGUGAAUUGCCGAAUGAUAAACGGAAAGGUUCCGCUGGAAGGUUCUACGGCGCCUGAUCAUCGUUCAGAGGCGAGACUCCGUAUCGAUCCUAAAGUACUUGUAUUUGUGGAGACCACGUACUCGAGGUUGGGUCGUGACAUAGCAGAAUUGCUUGUCUACAAUCGAAUCAAGUACAAAAUAGAAGUGGCUGGUAAAAGUCUUCCGGUGUUGACGAAUUUGGACAAGGGUCGCUAUGGGGUGAUAGUGUUUGAGAAUUUUGAUAAAUAUUUGCAUAUGGACAAGUGGAAUCGUGAAUUACUGGAUAAAUACUGUCGGGAGUAUUCGGUGGGAAUUGUGGGAUUCAUUAGUGCCAGUGAGGAGACACUUGUAGGUGCACAAUUACGUGGUUUUCCCAUUUAUAUCCAUACAAAUCUUCGACUCAGGGAUGCCAGUUUAAAUCCCCUUUCGCCAAUUUUGCGGUUAACGCGAGCCGGUGAUACGGCUUGGGGUGCUCUACCUGGGUCAGAUUGGGCAGUCUUCCAGCACAAUCACAGUACGUAUGAGCCAUUGGAAUGGGCUCAGAGGAAUACCCUGGACUACCCAACGGAUGGCAUUGUGCAGCCACCGUUGGCGACUGUGGUGCAGGAUCAUGGGAAAUUCGAUGGGAUUCAGAGGGUGCUGUUUGGGGCUAGUUUGCGUUUCUGGCUCCAUCGGUUACUCUUUCUGGAUGCCCUCUCGUACCUGAGUCAUGGGCAGCUGAGUCUGAGUCUCAAUCGGAUGCUGCUUGUGGACAUUGAUGAUAUUUUUGUGGGUGAACGUGGGACACGUCUGAAGCCGGAUGAUGUCCAAGCCCUCAUUGUCACGCAGAAACGUCUGGCUAGCCUCGUGCCGGGUUUCAAGUUUAAUUUGGGCUUUUCGGGAAAAUAUUUUCAUCAUGGAAAUCAUGAUGAGAAUCUCGGUGAUGAUAUGUUGUUGCGCAAUGUAGAUCAAUUUAAUUGGUUUUCUCACAUGUGGAAUCAUCAACAACCCCAUCUCUAUGAUAAUCUCACAAAUCUCGUUAGUGAUAUGAUGCUUAACAAAGAAUUUGCCCGUGAUAAAGGUAUUCCCGUGGAUUCGGGCUAUUCCGUCAGUCCGCAUCAUUCGGGCGUCUAUCCAGCCCAUGAACUCCUGUAUAUGGCCUGGAAGAAGGUCUGGGACAUCAAAGUGACAUCCACUGAAGAGUAUCCCCAUCUAAGACCAGCAAGACUGAGACGUGGAUUUAUCCAUAGGAAUAUUAUGGUUCUACCGAGGCAAACUUGCGGCCUCUUUACACACACCAUGUACAUCGAUCGCUACCCUGGUGGUCGGGAGAAGCUUGAUGAAUCCAUCCAGGGUGGUGAACUCUUCCAAACCAUUGUCUACAAUCCCAUUAAUAUCUUCAUGACGCACAUGUCAAAUUAUGGCAGUGAUCGUUUGGCAUUGUAUACAUUUGAAUCCGUGAUAAAGUUCCUGCAAUGCUGGACAAAUUUGAAAUUAACCUCAGCACCGCCACUGCAACUGGGUGAAACAUAUUUCAAACUCCAUCCAGAUGAAGUGGAUCCUGUUUGGGGUAAUCCAUGCGAUGAUGUGCGUCAUAUAAAGAUUUGGUCAAGGAAUAAGAGUUGUGAGAGUUUACCGCGUUUUCUGGUGAUUGGACCACAGAAAACGGGUACAACAGCUCUCUAUACCUUCCUCAGUAUGCAUCCCAGUAUAGCCAGUAAUCUGCCGAAUCCGGAUACCUUUGAGGAGAUACAAUUCUUCAAUGGGAUCAACUACUACAGGGGCCUAGAUUGGUAUAUGAAUUUCUUCCCAGUGCAGAGCAAUGGCUCAGCAAAGUACAUGUUUGAGAAAUCAGCGACCUAUUUUGAUGGGGAUUUUGUGCCGAAGAGAGCUCAUGCUCUCCUGCCUAAGGCAAAAAUUAUCAUGAUCCUGAUAUCACCAGCAAAACGUGCCUAUUCCUGGUAUGAGCACAUUAAGGCGCACGGUGAUUUAAUUGCCAACAAUCACACUUUCUAUCAGGUGAUAACAGCAAGCGAUUCAGCUCCUCGGGCACUCAAGGACCUGAGAAAUCGCUGUCUGAAUCCAGGAAAAUAUGCUCAGCAUAUGGAACGAUGGUUGGCCUAUUAUUCAGCUCAGCAGUUGCACAUAAUCGAUGGGGAGCAACUAAAAUCGAAUCCUGUGGAGGUGAUGAUGGAACUUCAGAGAUUUCUCAAGAUAACACCCACCUUUGACUACUCCAGCCACUUGCGCUACGACGCCAAGAAGGGCUUCUACUGCCAGGUCGUGGGUGAGACACGAAAUAAGUGUCUGGGAAAGUCCAAGGGUCGCCAGUAUCCGCCCAUGGAUGAAAGGAGUCAGAAGAUUCUCCAGAGAUACUACUUGAGCCACAAUACAGCUUUGGUGAAAUUGCUGAAGAAAUUGGGUUCUCGUCCUGUUCCGCAGUGGCUCAAAGAUGAUCUCUCCACGACAUCAUAACAUGCAGAGAAUCCCGCAGUGGGACGACAAAUCUCCUGCCCGGGAAAUAUUGAGCAGCAGAGAGCCUAAUUGGAAGAAUUAAUUUCUUUCAACUACAAUUGUUGUAUUUAUUGAUGCUGGAAGGAGGGAAGGGGGAGGGACUAGGGGGUAUAUAUUAUAUCUCCAUGUUUAGCUUAAUUUUAAACUUUUUCUAAUCACACCGACAGAAGUAUUUAAUUUGCUACUAUUACUUAAUUUUAUUCUUACGGGUAAGAUGAUGCAAAAGUUCAUUCUUUUUUUUUUAAUGUCAAAUUGUAUUUCUUCCAUUUGGCUCGAUUUUAUCCAUUUAAAUUUAUUUUCCAGUGAAAUAAAAAAAAAAAAACAGUGAGAGUCAAAGGAUGAAAAAAAAUCCAGGAAGAAUUGAUUGAGAAAGAGAAGAAAGAAAAUUGACUUUGGGCAAAAGGGAGGACGAGAAAAAGUGGGAGAUGAGGAAUUCACCGUCCAUCUGUCUAUUUUCCGUCCUGCUGAGUUCUCCAGCAAAAUCUCUCAAUUGCCUCAGCUUAAUCCAUGCAAAUGCAUUUUAAACCAAUAUUCUUUGUGGGUCUAUUCUUUUUUCCACAUUUUGUGUUUAUUAAAAAGAAAAUCUAGAAGAGAUAAUCUCUUAAGCAUUACCCUCUAUAAAAUGACAAUUGAAAAUAUUUCUACUGAAAGUUUGAAGAGAUUUUUGAAGUUGAGAAAAAAAAUAGCGGGUUUUCUCUGGAGAAAAAAAAAAGAAAAGCGAAUCACUUGGAAUUUUCUUAAGAUGCUGAUGGAAAAACUAAAAUGCGAUUUUACGAAAAUCUGGGGCAGAUGCAGAUAUACUUCUCCCACAGAUUUAGCGCUGAAAUGUAUCUAUUGUAUCGUAUUUCUGCAAAAUAAUUUCACUGAUUUCCAAUUGGUCGAUCCGGAAGCCAAUAAGAAAAAUGUCACAAUGGUGGACAAAUCUGGCAACACUAAUAAAUGUCGCCAAGAUUCUUUUGAAUUUUUAAUAGAAUUUUGAAUUUAAUUACAUUCUUUAGAACGUUAUUGUUGUAGAUUUUCACAAGACCUUUCAUUUGCGCCAUUGAAAAUGAUUUUCUGACAGUUAGAAGGGAAGCUAUGGCCAUUUUAAGAUUUAUUUUUGAAAACCCUAUAUCUUCGAUCAGGGAAAUUGAAGGUACCCUAUAACCAACGGCCGCAGCGAUUCCACUGGAUUUCCAGCAGCCUUUUCUGCCAUGUCCGCUGAUUUUACCGCUCAAAAUCCGCGUAAGCUUCCGAGAUGGAAUUUGACGCUAAAUUUCUUCCUAGCGUUCCAUGGACGUUUGCGGAACUCUGUAUAGGACCGUCUAAUAAGAAAUGUCCGCGAGUUUCCAUGGACUUUUCUCUGGCGAAUAUUUCCACGGCUUUUCUUAUGGAUUACACUAUGCAACACGGUUUUUGUCUCAGAGGUCUCACAUGGUACGUUUGAUAGAGUCGAGUCCCCUGAUCAAGAAUAUGGUUUUGGUUUUGUUCAAUCACGUCUCAAUUUUUUUAAUUUAAUAGUUUAAUAUUUUUUCUGCUUUGCCUUACAUUAUCCGUUCUAUCUCAGGUACUCGUGGACGGAACUUAAAAAAUGUGGGUCCGUUGGAAAGGUCAUUAGUUGUGCUUCAACUUUGCUAAUAACAAAAAACUUUGUAAAACCAUUCCUUCAGGGUGGAAAAUUAGAGUUUCUCUAAAAAUUACCAAAACAAUGGUCUUAAAAUGAGGUUUUAAAAAUUUAUAUAAAAUAAACUAAACAAAAUAUUAAAAAUCCUUUGACACCAGACGAUAGGCACCACUUAGGACUACAAAUUCUCAUCUAAGACAUCGCGCUCCGAUCACUCUAAAUGCCUCAUUUGUUGGUUUUCAUCAUUUUCCAAAAAUAUAAAAUCCCUAAUUUCAGCAAUUUUUUGAAUUUUUGAACAAUUUUUAAGUUCCGUCCACCAGAACCUGAGAUAGAACGGAUAAAGUAAGGCAAAGCAGAAAAAAUAUUAAACUAUUAAUUUAAAAAAAAAUUGAGACGUGAUUGAGCUAAACCAAAACCAUAUUCUUAAUCAGGGGACUCGACGCUAUCAAACGUACCAUGUGGGACCUCUGAGACAGAAAAAAGUUGUCAAUUUGUUGCAGAGUGUUAUUAGCGUAUAAUCGGCAGUCAGCCCUUUAAAAAUUUGGAAAAAUCCUCUUUAUUUCCAUGAAAUUCUCCGUGGAAAUUUCCAUGCAACGGCCUUAGAGGCUUUCGUGGUUUAAUAUUACGGAAUUCCAUAACUUUUCCAGUGGAUUUUUUUAUAUUUUUCUUCAAAAUAAUUCCAAAAAUUGAUUAAAAAAUUCGUGGAACUUUCAUAGAGAAUUUCCAGAAAAAAAAAAACAUCCACAAAUAUGGACGAUCAGUGCCAAUUGGCAGCUUAGAACUUGGAGAGCGUUCAUCAAUCAGACGAACACUCAAAUUUUGAAUCAAUUUCCAGGGAAUGCUCUCAGAUAUGUUGCAAGGAAAUUCCUCGGACUUUUUUCCAGGAAAUCCACGCAAAAAAAAGCUGAUAACUCCGCAGAAUUCAAAGCGGAAUAUUAGCAUUCAUUUCCACGGAAACUCUCGCGGAAAAAUAGAAGACAAAUUCCAGGGAAUUUUCUGUUAUUGUGAAACUUUGCGGCCGAUCGGCUACAGGGUUUCAACAGAUGUUUGCCAGAAAACACUGAACUAUUGAAUAAAAACAAUAGGGUGGAAUCACCAGUUCUCGCCAUUGCCCCACUUCUCGCCACUUACAUUGAAAUCGCUAUUUUUCGCAAUUUAUGAAAUAAAUGAGUCGCAAUUUUUUUGUAUUGUUUCUGCUUCUACGCAUAGAAUCGAAAAAUAAUAAUUAUUCGUUUUGGAUUCACGAUUUUGAUCACUUUUUAGAGCAAUAUUUUAAGCAAGUGCAUCGAAUCCAACAUCUCUUACCAAAUGUACUAAGUGUCGUCAAAUUUUCAUCAGGCCAAAAAUACCUAUUUGGGUAAAUAAUUUGUCUAUUGAAUAUUUAAUUGCACUUGUGGAAUACAUAAAAUUUGUAUUUAGUCACUUAAUAUUUCAUUUUAUAUUAUUUUUGUAUAAAAAUGAGGCAUGGCGAGAAGUGGUAAUAUUCUGGAAUUGAUUUUACCACCUGUCGCCAUAUAUUUUCAAUAGGCGACGCUAACUUCACUUCGUACAUUCUCAGUUGUCAAAUCUGCAUUGUUUACUUUCUGCAAAAGCCCCAUAAUUUGAUUUCUCAAAUAAAGGUGAAGAAAAAUCAUUUAAAGAGAGUAAUAAUAAAGUGAUCACAAGGAAAGAGAAAUGGUGAAUGUAUUCUUUUCAUAGCAUUGCCUAAAAUAACCGAGUGUGGUUCUUUUCAAGUGGGUGGCGAGAAGUGGUUACAAAUUUUACAAAACUGGCGAAAAGUGGUAAAAAGUGGCGACGAAAUGGUUAUUUUUGCAUUAUUAAUAAAAAUCAGUUUUUUAAGUAGUCCAGCGUUAUGUUCUAGGAUUAUUGUUUUCACGUAUCUAGAGCCAAUACAUCUAAGUAACUUUGUGUCAAAUUUGACUUAUCUUGUAACAAGGAUUCAAAAGUUAUGAUUAAAUGAAUUUAAUUUUUUCCUAAACAUGGCGAUAGCCGGUUAUUCCACCCUACAAUUGACAACUCUUCAAGUUCAAAUCAAAAUAGUUACACAUAUGGUGUGAGGGUGCCACAUGUCAAAUACCGUGGCCACAAGUCCGUAAUCCUAUCAAUUUCGUCAUAACUUAUGGCCUCAUCUCAAUUUUAUAUUUAUUGUUAAAACUGUUAUUAAAAUUUAAUAGUAAAAGGACAUAUAGUUAUUAAGGAAACAAGUUUUGAAAAAUAGUACUAAAUAUUUUCGAUUGAAGAUACAAAAUUUAGUUGCUAAAAAUUUUGAGAUCGGUAGUACAUUUCUUAACAAUUUGACGUAUUUUUAAUCGUUAUCCGCAUCAGAGAAAUAUUUUACAUAAAUUGAUUAGUAUUGUACCGAAAUAUUAAAGUGAAUCGAUUUUAAAUUUUCGUUUAAUGAUAGUACAUCAUAUUCCAAAUUUUGUGAUUCUUCAAAAUUAAUUUGUGGGAAAUAAAUGAAGAUAUCUGCGAGGUGGUCCCAAGUAUAGACUGGCCAUUAUAGUAAUGCCGCUACCAUCUGAUUUCUAUUUAGAAGAACAAUAGGUAAAAUUUUGAUCGAUUGAAUUUUACUAGUAAAUUGAUAACCUGUGAAGCACUAUUACAAUCCACCUUUGUUAUCUUAUUGGAGUGACAUCUAAGAAACUUAUAAGAAUUUUAUUCUGAUUUCUUAAGGUCAUGUUUGACACAUUCUAAAAUUUUAUUGGAAUGUUUUGGCUAAAGCAUUGACCAAAUGAAAAAGUCAGUGAAAUAGUUUUGCAGAAAAUCGUUCCAGAGGUUCAAGAAAUUAUUUAAAUUUGAUUUUCAGCCAAAUUAAAGAAUUAUUCGCAAUAUAGAAACCCACUCGAAGUUUCUCGUAAAUUACAGUUCAGCUCAACCAUUCUCCCUAAAAGAAAAUGUCUUGAAGGAAUGUUCUUUAGCAUUUUUUUUUCUUGAUAUAAAAUACCAGUAAUAUGCAAAGAAAUAUUUUUCCUCAUCCCCAGUGAAAUUCGUUUGGAAUUUUCUUUCUGAGAAAGAAAUUAUAUACAAAAUUCUUCUCUCAAUUUUUCAUUUAAAUUUCUUUAUUUAUUAAAGAUUUCCUCGAAGCUUUACAAUUCAUUUCUAGCCAUUGGUGGCUGAGUAAAUAUUGGUCUAAGUGAAAUGAGAAGGUUUUCUGCGUGCUUUUCCAGUGAAAUGUUAUUUAUGUUUUGGGUGAUAGAUAGACUCUUCAGGGCAUCAAAUAAAGAUUUAUUUAGUUAGAAAAUAUUAAUAAGAAAAUUUAUUUCUUUAUUUUGAUUAUGUUGAAUUUUAAAGCAUUUUUUCUGUUCUGAAAACAUUAUAAAGCUUUUGUAAGAAGGUAAUAUUAGUUUGGUUACUUUUGAUGGUUUUAGUGAACAGAAAAGUGUCUCGGAUUAUUAAGAACUGGUGUGUUGUACGAGAUAAAUGGUAAUGUUCAAAACUAAAUGUCUGUUUAUGAUCAGGCAAUCAUCGAAUUUAAUAGAUAUUAAUCAGUUUUAUCUGGUUAUGCUAGUGAAUUUAACCUCAGGUGUAUUUUUUUUAUUUACAUUCAAGUUAAUGAAAGUGAGAGUUCUGGGAUUCAAUAUUCCAUAUUUUCGGUUCUAUUUGAAUGAUUUCGAAGAUCGUAAACUUAAAUAAAAGGUUUUGGAAAACGCCUCAAGUUUCCGGAACAUAUGAAGUUCGUUUGAUUAAUUCCAGAGGCGCUUUAGUCGCAUAGAUUUACUUUUUCAUUGAACAUAACCUCAAUUAACUCAUCUUUUAAUCAACAGACUUUAAUGGUUCUUUUUGCUAAAUUGUAAAAGUUAUGUGAGUUAUUUUGGACAUAUACCUCUUCAGGCUCAAUUCAAUUUACCUCUCCCAUUUUAUCCUACUUAAUUACGUCGAAAUAUAAUUUUACAAAUUUGAGAGAAAAAUGAAUAACGUUGGAUUCUCAUUGACGUCAGUUGAGUGAUUACUUUUUUUUAUAUAAAUCUACUUUUAUUAUGUAAUUAACACUAAAAUAAAAUUCAAAAUGAAUAUUCUGUGGCAAAACUUUUUAAGGUAAAAGUACUGGGAAAAAUAUUUUGCGGAUGAAUUUUUCAUUGGAAAAUUCAAUUGAAGUUCUUCUUUUAUUCAAAGCUUUUUUUUAUUAUACCAUUGCAUCAUCUUCACCAACUAUUAACAGUAAAAUUUUGUGUGAAUGAGUAGGAAAAAAGUAAAUUUCCGAGGUGGGAAUAAAUUAUAAUAUAUUGAAACUUUAUGCAAAUCAAAAGAGAUUAUGUAUUGUUAUCUUAACUAUUAAGGGGCGAAAGAAAAUGUUUUGAAUGAGAAAUUUUGAUUAAUAAUUUUGGUUCAAAAUGGAAAUUUUGUGUCAAUUUUUUCUUUGCACGAAAUCUACUCAAUUUGGAGCAAUUUGAAGCAGAGAGAUUUUUCCUAUGGACUACAUAUCACAGAAUAAAAUACUUUUCAGUCAAAUUUGAAGGGAAAUCUCUCCAUUAUUUCAUGGAAAAUAAAAAGAAAAACAUAUCGCAAAGACCGAUAAAAUCGCCAGAUUGACAGGAAAAAAAAAGAAAAUAAUUAUAAACAAUUUCACUAAAAAAUUUGAAUAAAGAAAUUAUUAAGGCUUAAAAUGUGCCAUUGAAAUUUCUGGUGGAAAAAAAUGGCAGAUAAAAAAAAAGUAGAAUAACAGUAAUCUCUAACAAAAACAUCCCAUUAUUUGUGCCAUAAAAUUUUAGGUACUAAUGAAAAAAACAAGGAAAAAAUAUCAAUUGUAGAUUUUUAAAUGAAAUAGACAAGAUAAAAAUGGGAUAAAGUGAAUGAUAAAAAAAAACAGAAAUUGCAAAACAUGAGAGAUUUUUUUGGUUUGGUGAGUGGAAAGGAUGUGUUGGAAGAAAAAAACUUAAUGUAAAUAUUAAAGAGGAAAAAUGUGCUAAAAUUAAUGAUAAUAUCGACUAAGGGAAGAGAAAAUAUUUAAAAAUAAAAAUAAUGUGGAAAAUCCUUUAUUGACAAUAAAAAAGGUGAAAAAUUA